AUGGUAGUACCGCACGUUCCCUUUCCGAAGUCCACUUCGAAACCCCUUGGGUUACAUGCAAGGGAUUCUGCAGAGUUGCGACGGCAACCUCUCUCGUCGAUGAGACGUGAUGUCAAGAAAGCGGCAGACAAGCCUUUACUGAAGCCGCUGAAUGAUACGAGAGCGAAGAGCCAGGGUAUGCCCAAAGAUGACUUCCCGACCGAGGGGGAGAACGAUUCCGAUUUCAAGAGCUUUGGGGAGUUGGAGGACAAUUAUGAUGACGAUGAAGAAUUUCUGGUUGAAGAUUGUGUUGCUGCAUCCUCAAAGGCAUCGACAUGCUAUGAGAACGACUCAGGUGCUCAGUCAUCCUCCUACUCACAAAAGUACGUGAGUGAAGAAACCUCAGGGCAGAGUUUUCCUGCUGGGCCAAAUUAUGAGAUUUCUCAGGACAGGUCAGAGAAUAGAAAAUUUAGAGGAUAUCUGGCCGCGCGAGCAGAGCAUGGUAAACGAAGGGUGCUCAGUGCUGUCAAGAUUCAACGUUGGUACAGAAAAAUAUUGUCGAAUGCACAGAAGGAGUGUAGGGCCUCAAUCAAAUUGCUGCUGAAAGAAAGACUCCAAAAACAGGAAUCAGAGAAGACAAGGGACGAUUCAAGGGCUCGACAGAUGGAGAAAGACAAGAAGAAAUGUUCUAUUGACAGGGCUGAGAAACAGAAGCAAGAACGCGAAGUUCAGGUUGAGCGUGCUUUGAUGAGACUUAAGGCAGAAAUGAAAUUAGACUUCGAUAAGUCGGAAGGAGUUGAUGCAAAUACGGCGGCGCGUGAUGAAGAUUCACAUAGCCAGCCUCAAAAUUCGCUGGACCAGUCAUUGGAAAAGUUGAGAAUGUUGUCUGAAUGUCCUAAGGUUGAAGAUGACGAUUUCAAGGAAGAUGGCAAUCAGCAGGAGAUACAGCACGACUUCAAGGACGAUGAUGACUCGUUCUUCUUGGACAAUGCGAGCAUCCAUGACAGUGACAGACCGCUCUCACAGUCUUCCUCUCCUCUCAAGCAUGAGAAUGUUGUCAACCAUGAUGCGACACUGCAAUCAGCCUCAAGCAUCCUUGGCGAACCCAGCGAAAAAGCUGAAUUUAGCCAUGAAUUAUCAGCUUCGAUGAUGGAUACGAAGCAUCAUGAAACUACGAUUUCAUUUUCAGAUGAAAAACAUCAAAAUGAUGUCCAAGAAUACACCUCCAAGAGACCAAAGGGCUCCCCGGCUGGAUAUCAAAGGGAAUUUCACGUCAAGACAGAGGAGCUCGAUCGGGAAAUCGAUGACCUUCGUUGCAGCAUACUGUCAUAUCUUGACUCUGUGGAUCAGGACACAACGAUCCAUGAUUCUCAAGAUCUGAACCUUUCAGUUCGCUCGUCUCCUGCUAAGCAGUACAUAUCGAAAGUGCAGCCAAGAUCCGACGAGCCUCGCUCCCCUAAGCGGUCGGGGAGGGAAACGCCAUCGUCACCGUCAGCAACAAAGGAGAUGCAAAGCCUUGCAAGCAACAACCAGGCGAACCUAGCAAAUCAAGUCUACAGCGAAGUCAAGGCAAAGAUGGCAUCCAUGAAAGUGGAGCUGCACCAGAAUCAGAAGACGAUCCAAGAAUUGAAAGCUUCGCUCCAACGCCAACGGGAAGCUGAGAGGAUGCUCAAAGAGGAGCACCAAAAGACCGUACAGUCUCAACUGUCUCUGCAAAGGGAAGAAUAUGAAAACCAGGUGAAGAGACAGCUGUCAUUCAUCGAGCAGUUGGUCAAUGACAAAGAAGGAUUGAGCUUAAAGUGUGAAGACAUGGCGAACGAAUUCUCCUUGUUGAAGAAAAAGUAUGAAGACAACAUCAAGGAACUUGAAAGCAAGCAUGAAAGGAAUCUGAAGAAGCAAAGAGAGAGUAUCAUGGUCUCUGAGAAGAUAAGGCGAGAGAACUGGAUGCAAGAGAAGAGCAAAGAAAUCAAGGAGUUGACGGUGAAAGGCCUACAGCCUGAAAUCGAACGUAUUCUUUCCAAGCACAAGACAGAGGUCAAGAGAAUGGAGGAGAUGAAUGCUGAAGAGCUCAAGAGACAGAGAGUGAAUUUGCAAGAACUCCACGAACAAGCUGUAAGUGACCUACGAGACAGGAUGCUCGCUGAAAGAGAAAAGGCCGUUGAGCGAGAAAGAGAAAUAGCCAGCAACAGGCUGCGAGAGCAGAACGAAAGAUUCGAUCAGCAGCUUCAAGCUCAGCGAAUCAGAAUGACAGAGGACAUGGCUCAAGAACGUGAGAGAAUGGAAUCAGCUCACAAGAGCGAGAGGCAAAGGAUAGAGAACAUGUAUGGAAUGCAGGUGAUGGAUGACUCCCGCAAGCUCGCCGUUGCUCAGAGAGAGUGGUCGGAGAAGGAACAAGAGCUUCAACGAAAACAUGCAGCCGAGCUGGGCAAGAAUUUGAAGAUGACGGACAAGAUGGAGAAGGAACGCAAGCAAGCAGAGGCUCUAGCAUUCAAGGAGAUGGAGCGACAGCGUGACGAAGAGAUCGAGCUUGUGAUCCUCAGGCUCGAAGAGGAGGCUGAGACAGUCAAAGGCAAGCUCAAGAUUGAGAUGGAAGGGAAGAUCGCACAAGUCACCGAGAGCUACCAGCAGCAGGUGAAAGAAGCGAAGGAAGCAGAGAAGGAGAUCAUGGACAAGUACCUCUCCUUGUUCAAGCAGCACAGCACCGUCGAUGAGAGGCUCAGAGCGAACAACGAGCGAGUGCUCGAGCUGGAGGACGAAGUCGCUCGCAAGGCUCAGGCCGUCGCUCGCGCCGAGAACGCGUUGAAGCAAGCUGAGAUCGACGAGGAAGCGAAGAUUCAAGAGAUCCGAAUCGAGUACAACAAGAAGUUAGGACUCAUGCAGGAAAUGAUGAAGGAGCUUGAGGUUGCCUGCCGGUGCCGCCUCCCAUCCUAA